AUGGCAAAGGCAUCUAAAUCUACUAAGAAGUUUCAAAGUAAACACUUGAAACAUACUAUUGAACACCGUAGGGAGGUUCAAAAACACAAUAAGAAAAUGGGCUCCAGAAAGAAGAAGUCUAGUAGUAAUGACGAUACCGAAGAUACUCGUCCGAAAGGAGGCCAGCCUAAGGAAGUCUUCGAAGAUAUGCCAGUAGAUGAGUUCUUUGCUGGAGGAUUUGAAGUCCCAAAGGAAAAGAAUAAGAAAAAGAAAGUGCAAACAGAUGAGGAUGCAUCAUCUUCAGAGGAAGAAGAUGAAGAAGCUAUGCAGCACGACUUGAAAAACUUGGCCGAAAAGGAUCCUGACUUUUAUAACUAUUUACAAGAGAACGAUAAAGAUUUGUUGGAUUUUGAAGGUGUCAAUCCGUUGGAUGCAAUGAGUGAAGAUGAAGAUGAUGAAGAUGAAGAAGACGAAGAAGAAGAGAAAACUGAAAAGCCUGUCAAAAAGACCAAAGCUGAGGCAGCUGCAUCUAAGAAGAUUGAAAUAACUCCUAAAUUAGUUAAGCAGUGGCAAGAACAAUUAAACAAGCCAAGCCCUAAAAUCAUCAAAAAUAUAUCUAUGGCUUUUAAGGCUGCUGUCAAUAUUAAUAAUGCAAAUGAUGAAGAUUACAAAUAUUCUGUAACUGACCCAAAAGCUUUUAAUGAUUUAAUGUUAUUAACUUUAAAGAAGUUACCUGAAGCCAUUCAAAUGUUAAUUAAAUAUAAAGUUCACCCACAAACUGGAGCCAGAAGUAUUCCUCAAAAAAACCAAAAUGUUACCCAAAUUUCUAACAUUUUAAAGUCUCAUGCCGGAUCAUAUAUAACUUUGUUGAAGGACAUUACAAACACCGAGACUGCUGCUUUAGUUCUUUCAUCAAUCCAAGAAGUUCUUCCUUAUUAUUUAUCUUACAGACGUUUGUUGAAAGAGAUUUUAUCAUCAGUAGUGAACGCCUGGGCAACUACAAGCGAUAUCGACACACAGAUUGCUACCUUUGCAUUUUUGAAUAAUGCGGUCAAAGAAUUUCCUAAAUCUAUUUUGGAAACAGUUUUGAAAUUGACUUACUCUUCUCUUUUGCAGAACUGUCGUAAGACUAAUAUUCAUACUAUGCCAAUGAUCAAUUUCUGUAAGAAUUCAGCAGCUGAAUUAUUUGGAAUUGAUGAAACAUUGUCUUAUCAAGUUGGAUUUGAAUACGUUAGACAAUUGGCUAUACAUUUAAGAAAUAGUAUUAACGCUACAUCUAAUGCAAAGGAAGGUUUUAAGACUAUUUACAAUUGGCAAUAUUGCCAUUCAUUAGAUUUCUGGUCAAGAGUUUUAGCCCAACAUUGUAAUCCUGAAAAGGAAUUGCUCAAUCAUAAGUCUAAGGAAUCGCCAUUAAGACAAUUGAUCUAUCCCUUGGUUCAGGUUACGUUAGGUGCCAUGAGAUUAAUCCCAACUGCCCAAUUUUUCCCAUUAAGAUUUUAUUUAAUUAGAUCAUUGAUAAGAUUGUCUCAGUCCACUGGAGUUUUCAUUCCAAUUUUCCCAUUAAUUGCCGAAAUUUUAACCUCUACUAGUAUAACGAAACCACCAAAGCGUUCGAAUUUACAGGUUGUGGAUUUCGAUCAUAACAUUAAGGUCAACCAAGCAUAUUUAGGCACUAAGACUUAUCAAGAUGGGUUAUGUGAACAAUUCAUAGAGUUAACCAGUGAAUUUUUUGUAUUAUACUCGAAGAAUAUUGCAUUCCCAGAAUUAGCUACACCAGCUAUUUUAUCUUUAAGAAGAUUCAUGAAAAAGUCCAAGAAUGUUAAAUUUAAUAAGCAAUUGCAACAAUUAGUUGAAAAAUUAAAUUCCAAUGCUACCUUUAUUUCUGGUAAGAGAUCUAAUGUCGAAUAUGGUCCAUCGAAUAAAACAGAGGUUCAACUCUUCUUGAAGGAUUUCAACUGGGAAAAGACUCCUUUGGGUCAAUAUGUUGUUGUUCAAAGAGAAAUGAAAGAAGAAAAAUUGAAAAUUUUAAGAGAUGCUGUUGCCGAUGAUGAGCAAGCCCGUAAAGAUAAAAAGAACCAAGAUGAAGGUUCAGACAUAGAAGUAGAUGACCUUGAAGAAGGUGACUCAGAACCAGAACUUUCUGAAUAA